AUGUAUGUUCCAGGUUUAGUUAAACAACCAGGUAUAGAUCGAAUGUCAGCACUUAGUCGUGAUGAGCAGAAGGAUUGCCUAAGACUUUACCAGAAGUUUUAUGGUAGACCAGUAACUGACCUUACACCAUGUGAGAAGGCAGAAUAUCAACUGUUUCAGUCAUUGUUGAGAAGAGUACAAGCAGAACAAAAGGAAUUCUUAGACCAUGCCAAACAAGAUUGGCUAGAUUAUGCGGACCGAACAAGUAAAAUUAAAGGAGAUGCUUAUAACUUUGUUCUUCAGCAUUGGACAGACAAAGUUUCUCAUGCAAUGGCCCAGUAUCCCAAAAAUUACAAGUUGCUAAGAACAGUUUCAUUGCUUCGUAAAAGCAAUACAGUUGUUAAGAUGCAUCUCAUCAAAAAUAUUCUGAAUAUUGGUAAAGUUCCAAUUUCAAAAUUACCACAGUUUGAUGCACCAUUUAGAAUAGCUACCUCUCUUAUAAGACUGCGAACAUGGCGAUACCUUAAUAUUCCCCCUGGACAACUGAGUGGGACUUUGCAUAAAGUACCAGUCAGCAGGGAUCCCAAUGCUGAACGUCUGGCAAGACUUCAUGGUGCUGAUGUUGUUAUGUCAACUAGUGCCUUUAAAUGUCUAUUGGACAAUUAUGAUGAAAAUAAGCAUCCACAUCACAGUGGAGUUGGCAAGUCAUGGAUUAUCCCAGUUAUUGUUAAAGAACAUCGUUCAUUCUGUGAUGGGAAACCUAUUUCAAAGACAAUAGUAUUUUUAGAUAAAGCUUUGCCUCUCUCAAGAAUGACAAAAUUUGACAAAGUGUGCACUUACCAAAAACAUGGUUUGCUUGCUGCACUUGUCCACCGUCAUAACGAAGGGGGUAUUGAAUUUGAUAUCAAAGGUGAUGACAUUAUGAUAAGGAAACCUUCGGUAGAUGAUGUGAUCCCUCCCAAAAAUUUUACUCAAGUAAGAAAUGAUAAGCCAGCACCACCAGAUUCAAAACAGAAUGAUAACCAAUCUUCAAUGUCUGCCCCUUCAAAAUCAAAUGAAAACCUGGUUUCAUCAGAAAUUUGCACAAAAAAUGUAGAUUUACAGGUUUCUGAUAGAAAAUCUUUGGAGGAGAAGGGGAGCGAUGGCAAUGACAAUGAUGAAGAUGAUGAUGAUAGUUCAGAUGAGUUUGGUCUCACUAUUGCAUUGUCAGAUGAAGAAACCAAUACUAAGAAAACUUCUAUCACCUGUCCAAAAGAAAACCCUAGUUCUUCCCAAAUUCAAGCAGUUAAAGAAUCUGAAAAUCACACUCCAAGUAAGUCUGAAAAUGAUCCAACAAUCAACUCUAGAAUUAAAGGACUAGGUGAGUCUGAAAAUCAAUCAGUAAAUGAAUUUGAACAACAAGAAGUGAAUGAGCCUGAGAAUCAAACAGUAAAUGACUCUGGAAAACCAGAAGUGAAUGAGUCUAAAAAUCAAGCGAUAAAAGACUCUGGAAAUCAAGAAGCGAAUUUGUCUGAAAAUCAAGCAGUAAAUCUGUCAGACACUGAAUCAAGGGUCCAGAUUGCGUGCAAUGACUCUCAAGUUGUAGAAGGAUCAGUAGAAAAUACUCUGAAGCCUUUAGAAUCAGAAUCAACCGUCCAAUCCAAUGGGAAAAAUGAUUUGUCUAAUAGAUGGGAAAAAACUCCUGCUCCCCCUUUAGUCAAAACCGUGAAUGGUAAUGCACUACCCCCAAAUACCACUAAUGUUAUGUAUAAUUUGUGGUCUCUUCAAGAUGAGAAAAAUAAAGCAAAUCCAUUAGAAGAAAAUAGUGCUAAAAACAUCAAUUUACUUAUCAGAAGUCGCAUUGAUGGAUGUGAGAGCCUUGGAUCUGGUGCUUAUGAACCUCUUACCUUCGCUGUGAAACCUGAAUACCAACUAGAAUAUGGGGCUGGAGUUGUUGCCUUAAGUGAUUUAACUAGGCAGUGGGCAAAGCUGUUGAUUCAACCUAAUACUUCUCUUGCUAGAGUCCGGGUUAAUGUGACAACAUCAGAAAUGGUUAAAGUUGAAAAAUGUUCUAAAGAGGAAGUAGCAGCAGAUGCAAAACUUCUGUAUAAUGAAGAUCUAAGUCAUACUUUGAUGACCCUAAAUGGAGUUCUGUUGGAUUUAAUGUCUCUUUCAAGUGGAGAGUACCUUCUGUCUCACACUCCAGACAUGGGACUCAAUGCAAAGCUUUUCAAGACAACCAUAGGGAAUGAAGCAGUAGAUUGGUACUUGCCUGCUGGGUAUGGUGCCCUACCAGGAGAAAUAGGCUGCGAUGUCCCUUGGCAGCCACUUGACUCAAGAGUUAUCAUGCCAAAGAAUCUUCUAUUCCAUCAAAUGCCCUGCACUUUCCAACCUUAUUGGGCACCUGAUAUAAAGCCCAAGCAGUAUAAGCCUAAGCCUCCCAAAUUUGCAACCAUCAACAAUCUCAAGUCUAAGAAAAAAAAGAAAAAUAAGAAGAAGGGUAAAAAAAACUAGACUCAUGAAGAUUUUUUCUUUCAUUAAGGAUUUAUUGAAAACAUUAUUUUUCUAAAUAUAUGUAUGUACAAAAAGACAAAAAAAACAUUCAUCACCAAACUUCGUUAACAAAAUAGUGAAACCUAUCAUCAGUUCAAGUGUGAAAAUUUCAGUUCGCAACAGAAAUCUCAAACACUCACAAUUAUAGAUAGAUGAUAAUGCAGCAGUAUUGAUGGUAUAUUGGCACACAGAGGACGUUUUACCUUUAGUGUCAACAAAUCAUGCCAGUUGUUAAUUUAAAUUACUCAUUACCAUGAUAUGAUGUUCAUUAGUAACAAGAAAUCUUUCAGUUCACUCACAAAUGAUGGACUGGUCAGCAAAAACCUGUUUUUAUCUAACAAUCAAAAUUUGCUGUAAUAAACAUUCAUUUUACCA